AUGGCAGUCGACGUCUUUGCAAUUCCCGUCUUCUUCAUCUGUUUUCGAGAGUCGCUCGAAUCCAGUAUCAUUGUAUCCGUCUUGCUUGCUUUCCUCAAACAGAGCUUGGCUGCGGAAGGAGACCAAACUACUUACAAACGACUGGUCAAGCAAGUUUGGAUUGGAGUGGCCGCUGGCGUCUUCAUCUGUCUCUGCGUCGGAGCGGGCAUGAUCGGUGCCUUCUACGCUCUUGACAAGGAUCUUUUCGCCAACACCGAGGACAUCUGGGAGGCCGUCUUUAGUAUUAUUGCAGUUGUCAUCAUCUCCUUGAUGGGAGCGGCGCUCUUGCGUGUCAACAAACUCCAGGACAAAUGGAAGGUCAAGCUGACCAAAGCCUUGGAAACCCAGGAGGCGGCCUCUAGGCCUGUCGGCUUCAUGGGUCGCUUCAAGGCAUGGUCUACCAAGUAUGCCAUGUUCAUCCUUCCUUUUGUCACCGUCCUGCGCGAAGGUCUCGAGGCUGUGGUGUACAUUGGAGGUGUUAGUCUGGGUCUUCCCGCCACUUCUUACCCACUGGCAGUAUUCACCGGCUUGGCAGCUGGAUGUUUUAUUGGUUUCCUUCUAUACCGUGGUGGCAACACCGCGUCCCUCCAAAUAUUCCUGAUUAUCUCGACUUGUUUCCUCUACCUCAUCGCCGCCGGACUGUUCUCGAAGGCUGUUUGGUAUAUUGACGAUUACGAAUGGAGUCAAAUCACCGGUGGUGACGCAUCAGAGACGGGCUCGGGACCUGGGUCAUAUGAUAUCACCAAGUCUGUGUGGCACGUCAACUGUUGUAACCCACAACUCAAUGGCGGUGGUGGCUGGGGUAUCUUCAAUGCCAUCUUUGGUUGGCAAAACUCUGCUACCAUCGGGUCCGUCGUCUCUUAUAACGUAUACUGGCUCGUAAUCAUCCUGUCCUUCUUGGCCAUGGGCUAUCACGAGCGCAACGGCCACUUGGGUGUCUUUACCCCUGUGGUUAAGGCAUUCUCAAAGAAAAAGAAUGGGGACGAGCAUUCCCAAACUGAAAGGGGCAUUGUUGAGGAUUCGAAUGAUUCUGGGGAUCACACGAAGGCUCCCCAGUCUACAGCUGUUACUCCUGUGGCCUAA